AUGGACUCCACCGAAGGGACGUUCGAAUUCAAACUAUACCGAUAUACACCCUCGCUUGGGGCAGCAAUCCUGUUCCUUGUUCUAUUCGCUCUCAUUACUCUCUAUCACCUCUACCAAGUGAUUCGCCUAAGAUCAUGGUAUUUCCUCGUGUUCGUUAUUGGAGGAGUUUUUCAAAUUAUCGGCUAUAUCUGCCGUACACUAGCGCACAACGACACCAACUCCAUACCCAUCUAUUCCGUCCAAACGAUCAUGAUCCUCCUUGCCCCUCCUCUCUACGCUGCAUCAAUAUACAUGACCCUUGGUCGAUUAAUCCGGUACCUGGACGCAGAAGCCCUCAGCAUCGUGCCCAUAAGAUGGUUAACCUUGAUAUUCGUGAUCGGCGACGUAGUCGCAUUCGUCAUGCAAGCAGCAGGCGGCGGCAUAAUGGCCAGCGGAACUCUUAGCGCCAUGAACACAGGCGAGACAGUCACCAUCAUCGGUCUCGCCGUCCAACUCGCAUUCUUCAGCGUCUUCAUCGUCACCUCGACAAUCUUUCACUGGCGGAUUCACCAAAAUCCCACACAGAAAUCUUUAAUCAAAAGCCAAACCAAGCGGACGGAAACUACGUGGGUAACUGUCAUGGGUGUGCUUUACGUGUCGAGUGUGCUUAUUCUUGUUCGGUCCAUUUUCCGGUUGAUCGAGUACGCGCAGGGAAAUGCUGGAUAUUUGAUUAGUCACGAGGCGUUCAUGUAUGUCUUUGAUUCGAUGCUGAUGUUCCUCACAAUGGUUGUUAUGAGCUUCUAUCAUCCUUCGAAGCUCUUGAAUCCGAGGAAUAUGCAGAGGCGGGGUGGUGAGUCCGAUGGUACUACUACGCAAUUGCAUCGGCUUUCGUCGGCUUAG